AUAUCCGGUGUUAGAAGAGCUGCGUGGGCUCCUGAGCGGCGGGUCAGAAGAGCGGAGGCUGUGUCCCACAGACUCUAGCAUCAUGAACAUAUUUGAUCGGAAGAUCAACUUUGAUGCACUCUUUAAAUUUUCCCACAUAACCCCCUCGACACAGCAGCACCUGAAGAAGGUCUAUGCCAGUUUUGCCCUCUGUAUGUUUGUGGUGGCUGCUGGGGCCUAUGUCCAUGUGGUCACCCGUUUCAUUCAGGCUGGCCUGCUCUCUGCCUUGGGCUCCCUGGGGUUGAUGAUUUGGCUGAUGGCAACACCUCAUAGCCAUGAAACCGAGCAAAAAAGACUGGGGCUUCUUGCUGGAUUUGCUUUCCUUACAGGAGUUGGCCUGGGCCCUGCUCUGGACUUGUGCAUUGCCAUCAACCCCAGCAUCCUUCCUACCGCCUUCAUGGGCACAGCAGUGAUCUUCACCUGCUUCACCCUGAGUGCACUCUAUGCCAGGCGCCGUAGCUACCUCUUUCUGGGAGGUAUCUUGAUGUCAGCCAUGAGCCUGAUGCUCUUAUCUUCCCUGGGGAACCUUUUCUUCUGAUCCAUUUGGCUUUUCCAGGCAAACCUGUAUGUGGGGCUGGUGGUCAUGUGUGGCUUUGUCCUUUUUGAUACUCACCUCAUUAUUGAAAAGGCUGAAAAUGGAGAUAAAGAUUAUAUCUGGCACUGCGCUGACCUCUUCUUAGAUUUCGUUACUCUCUUCAGAAAACUCAUGAUGAUCCUCGCUAUGAAUGAGAAGGACAAGAAGAAGGAGAAGAAGUGAAACGACCAUCCAGCCUUCCCCAGUUUGACUUCUCCCUCCGCCCCUCAUUUCCUCUUUGCACACAUUACAGGUGGCGUGUUCUGUGCUAAUGAAAAGCAUCAGAAAAGCUU